CCCUCCCCGGAGGCGGCGGGGGCGGCAGGGGCCUCGCCGCACCGCACCUCGCAGGCGGCCAUGGAGCGAGCCUAGGGCCCGACAGGAAUUGUGGGAGGCGCUUCAGUGAAGAAAUGGACCAGUGUGUAUAAUCAUGGGAUCUCCUUGCUAACCUUCGCCACCUGCUCUUCCUGAUAAGUGAGCGAGAGAGUGGGUCAGGGGAGAAGGAAAAGAGAUCAACAUGAAGCUAAAGCAGCGAGUUGUGCUGUUAGCAAUUCUCCUCGUCAUCUUUAUCUUCACCAAAGUUUUCCUGAUUGACAACUUAGAUACAUCAGCUGCCAACCGGGAGGACCAGAGGGCUUUUCACCGAAUGAUGACUGGCUUGCGGGUAGAGUUGGCACCUAAGCUGGACCACACCUUGCAGUCUCCCUGGGAGAUUGCAGCCCAGUGGGUGGUUCCCCGGGAAGUGUACCCUGAAGAGACACCAGAGCUGGGGGCAAUCAUGCAUGCCAUGGCCACCAAGAAAAUCAUUAAAGCUGACGUGGGUUACAAAGGGACACAGCUAAAAGCCUUAUUGAUACUUGAAGGAGGACAGAAAGUUGUCUUCAAACCUAAACGGUAUGGCCGAGACUAUGUGGUAGAAGGGGAACCAUAUGCCGGGUAUGAUAGACACAAUGCAGAGGUAGCAGCCUUUCAUUUGGACAGGAUUCUGGGUUUCCGCCGAGCCCCCUUGGUGGUUGGUAGAUUUGUUAAUCUGCGGACAGAGAUCAAGCCUGUUGCCACGGAGCAGCUGUUGAGCACCUUCCUAACUGUAGGAAACAAUAGUUGUUUCUAUGGGAAGUGUUAUUACUGCCGAGAAACAGAGCCAGCCUGUGCUGAUGGAGACACGAUGGAGGGAUCUGUCACACUUUGGCUUCCAGAUGUGUGGCCUCUGCAGAAACACCGACACCCAUGGGGCAGGACUUACCGAGAAGGCAAAUUGGCCAGGUGGGAGUACGAUGAGAGCUACUGCGAUGCUGUGAAGAAAACGUCCCCUUAUGACUCUGGCCCGCGCCUCUUGGACAUCAUUGACACAGCUGUCUUUGAUUAUCUGAUUGGCAAUGCUGACCGCCAUCACUAUGAGAGCUUUCAAGAUGAUGAAGGCGCCAGUAUGCUCAUCCUUCUCGAUAAAGCCAAGAGCUUUGGGAACCCCUCGCUGGAUGAGAGAAGCAUUCUUGCCCCUCUCUAUCAGUGUUGCAUCAUUCGAGUUUCUACCUGGAACAGACUGAAUUGCCUAAAGAAUGGCGUGCUAAAGUCUGCCUUAAAAUCUGCCAUGGCCCAUGACCCCAUCUCCCCAGUGCUCUCUGAUCCUCAUAUGGAUGCUGUGGACCAGCGGCUCCUGAGUGUCCUGGCCACCGUGAAGCAGUGCACUGACCAGUUUGGGAUGGACACUGUACUGGUGGAAGACAGGAUGCCUCUCUCCCACUUGUAAUUCUCAAUACAAAAAUAAGUGAAACUUCUUUUUACAAAGGUAGAGAAACAGCACAAUCAAUUCCAAAUGGUUUGAGAUGGAUUAGAAAUGGCCAGCAGCAAGUUCUGAUGAUAGGGGACAGGGUGGCCUUGGAUGUCUUUGGUGUUUCUGUAGUAGAAGCUAAAGCAAAGACCUGAAGUUUCAGAGCACAGAGGUGCUACUGCUGAAUCACAUUCUGACUUCCUCGGCAGUUGCCCAUUCUAAAAUGGGCGUCAUAGUUGGUCAGUCUUACUUCCCAUGCCAAAGGACAAACAGGUGUGGCAUUUGAAUAGGUAAAUGCUGGGACUGGUUCUGGAUUGUGCGUUUUGAGUUGAACCUUCCAGUCCUUUCUCCACACCUGUGGGUUUUAUGGAAACACUUUGCAGUCUCUUGUGUCUUUUUUACCAGAACUAGUCAAAUUGGAAAGCUUACUGCCUCCUACAGAGUGGCAGCAAAUAAAACUUUGCAUUCUG